ACCGAUGAUGGAGAGGAGGAGGAUGGAUGCAGCACUGCUGGUGCUGUUCCUGGGACACUUCGCCACUGCGCUGGAGGUCCCACUAGACCUGCCGCAGCCGCCGACCAUAACUCACCAGUCCCCCAAGGAUUACAUCAUCGACCCACGAGAGAACAUUAUAAUCCACUGCGAGGCGAAGGGGAAGCCUCAUCCCAGUUUCUCCUGGACGAGAAAUGGGACCCACUUUGACAUCGACCAGGACCCCAACGUGACCAUGAGGCCCCACUCUGGGACCCUGGUGGUGGACAUCAGCAGAGCGAAGGUUGAAAAUUACGAGUGUGUGUACCAGUGCACAGCAAGGAACAAACACGGAACUGCUGUUUCAAACAACAUAGUCGUACAACAGUCCAGGUCCCCCUUGUGGUCAAAGGAGAAAAUCAAGCCAAUCGUUGUUAGGGAGGGCGUGUCCUUGGUGCUGCCAUGUCGACCCCCUGCUGGCCUGCCUCCACCCAUCAUAUUCUGGAUGGACAAUUACUUCCAAAGGCUGCCUCAGAGCAGCAGGGUGUCCCAGUCCCUGAACGGAGACCUUUACUUUUCAAAUGUACUCCAAGAGGAUUCCAGGAACGACUACAUCUGCUACGCCCGCUUCCCAUACACACAAACCAUCCAGCAGAAACAACCCAUCACCGUCAAGGUCCUCAGCAUGGAUGCAAUCAAUGACACAGUGGCAGCUUUUUACAAUGACACAGAUUUAUUUAGUGAAGACCCAGCAGAUGAGAGAAAGCCAAACUUCCUUAUCCCUUCUGGCCCCUCCAGCUCCAAGAUAGUGUUGAGAGGACAGGUGCUGGAAAUGGAGUGCAUUGCCGAAGGAUUGCCCACCCCUGAAAUCUCCUGGACCAAAGUGAGCGGCGAUCUCCCAGCCAAACGCACGUCUUUCCUGCACUACGACAGGACCCUGCGUAUUGUGAACGUUUCAGAAUCAGACGCAGGAGAUUACCGCUGCACCGCCAGAAAUAUGCUCGGCUCGGUGCACCACACCAUCCACGUCACGGUCAAAGCUGCUCCAUAUUGGAUCAGGGGCCCUCCCAGCAAUCUUGUUCUAGCUCCAGGAGAGAACGGUUCGCUGACCUGCAGGGCCAGUGGCACGCCCAAGCCCUCCAUCACCUGGGCUAUGAAUGGCAUCCCCAUAGAGAAUUCUCCCAAGGAUCUGAGCAGAAAGGUGGAGGACGACACCAUCAUCUUCACUGAUGUGCAGACUGGAUCCAGCGCCGUCUACCAGUGCAAUGUCUCCAAUGACUACGGGUACCUCCUGUCCAACGCCUUCGUCAAUGUGCUCUCGGAGCCGCCCAGAGUGCUGACACAAGCCAACAAAGUCUACCAGAUCAUCAGAAGUCACCAGGCCCUGUUGGACUGUGCUUCCUUUGGUUCACCCAUCCCUAAAAUUACAUGGUUCAAGGACAGCCGGUCCAGCACCCUGGAUGGAGAGCCUUACAUCCUUCAUGACAAUGGGACUUUAGAGAUUCCCAUAGCUCAAGCCCACAAUAGUGGCAAAUACACCUGCGUGGCCAGGAACACACUGGGCAUCUAUGAGAAUCACGUCUACCUGGAGGUCAAAGAGCCCACCCGAAUCCUGAAGCAGCCGGAUCACAAAGUAGUCCUGAGGGGCAGGUCUGUGGUGUUUGAGUGUACGGUGAAACACGACCCCUCACUCAUCCCCACCAUGACCUGGCUCAAAGACGAUGGAGAGCUGCCUGAUGAUGAGAGAUUAAUCGUAGACUCAGACAGCCUCACCAUCACUGAUGUGACAGAGAACGAUGCGGGGGAGUACACCUGCAUCAUGAACACCACACUGGACCAUGAUUCAGCCCGCGCUGUGCUCACUGUUGUUGAGCGACCCGACCCCCCAACUGACCUAGAGCUGACUGACCACAAAAAGAGGAGUGUUCAGCUCACUUGGACUCCAGGGGAUGAACACAACAGUCCUAUUCAGAAAUUUCUGAUCCAGUAUGAAGACUCACUGCACCACCGAGGUCACUGGCACAAUCUUACCGAGGUCCCUGGAACCAAGACGACAGCUCACCUCAAACUGUCACCCUACGUCCACUACACCUUCAGAGUUCUGGCCCUCAAUGCCGUCAAUUUCAGCCGCCCCAGCUUCCCCUCCAGGGUGUUCAAGACAGAACCUGCAGCUCCAGACGAGAACCCAACAGGUGUCCAGGGAUUUGGAACAGAACAUGAUAAUCUUGUAAUCUCAUGGAAGCCACUGUCAGGCCUCCAGUCUAAUGGUCCCGGGCUUCACUAUAAAGUGAUGUGGAGGCAGAAGACGGCAAACAGUGAAUGGAACACAGUGACCGUGGCUAACAACUCUAAGUUUGUUGUGUCUGGAACGCCCACAUUUGUUCCUUAUGAGCUAAAAGUUCAGGCUGUGAACGACUACGGAGAAGGACCUGAGCCUGCUAUUGCCCACGGCCACUCAGGAGAGGACUUGCCAGUAGCAGCUCCAGAGAAUGUGCAGGCCAUGGUGCUGAACAGCACUCUGGCAGAGGUACACUGGGAUCCUGUGCCCUCUAAAUUAAUACGAGGACAUCUUAAAGGAUUUAAGGUAUACUACUGGAGAGAGCACAGCCUCCACAACCACAACCCUCAUCAUGUGGAGAAUAAGAUCCUGACCUUCAGUGGGAACCACAGCCACGGCAUGCUGCCUGGUCUGCACCCCUUCAGUCUCUACUCUUUCAAUGUCAGGGUUUUUAACGGCAAAGGAGAGGGUCCCCACAGCCCCACCCAGCAGUUUGAGACACCAGAAGGAGUGCCGGGGGCUCCUACUUCCCUGCAAGUCACCAACUUCAACCUGGACUCUCUAACCCUUGAAUGGAGUCCUCCUCAUGUCCGCAAUGGACGCAUCACUGGCUACACCCUCAAAUAUCAGCCAGUCAAUAACUCCUAUGAGCUGGGCCCAGUGGAGGAGCUGGCCCUGGCCGCCAAUGAGACCUCAGUCACUUUGUCCAACCUCAAGUACAGCACACGCUACAAGUUUUAUUUGAAUGCGAAAACAGUCAGGGGAGCAGGCCCAGCCAUUUCUCAGGAAGCUGUCACCAUCAUGGACGAAGCUGUGGCGAGCAGACAGGUGGACAUCGCCACUCAGGGAUGGUUUAUUGGCCUCAUGUGUGCCAUUGCUCUGCUCAUCUUGAUCCUCCUUAUUAUCUGCUUCAUCCAGAGGAAUAAGGGAGGGAAAUACCCCGUCAAAGAGAAGGAGGACGCACACACAGACCCAGAGUUUCAGCCCAUGAAAGACGAUGACUGUACCUUUGGGGAAUACAGUGACAAUGAGGACCAUAAACCAUUAAAAGGGAGCCGCACGCCAUCUAAUGGGACAGUUAAGAGAGGCGACAGUGACGACAGUUUAGUUGACUACGGGGAAGGAGGAGACGGACAGUUCAACGAGGAUGGCUCGUUUAUCGGCCAGUAUAGUGGAAAGAGUGUCAGCAGGGACACUGCUGAGGGCCAUGAGAGCUCGGAGGCCCCAUCCCCUAUUAAUGCCAUGAACUCCUUGAACUCAUUUGUGUAGCCAUUCAGUCCUCACUGAACAGUGUGAGAUGCUGCUCAAUUCCCCACAUCUCUUUUAGAGGGCUGUUCCAACAUCGCAUGGCUUUAUGAUCACAUCCCCAUCCCCAGUGGCACACAUGAAAUACAGACAUCUCAAAGACAUUUUUGUUUUCACUUGGAAAUCUUUAUGGAGAGGCUUGGAAACCUGUGGUUCAUUGUAUCUUAAGCAGCAUUUAGGGAGAAAGUAGCUCAACCAGAUAUUUGAUUUUAACAAUGCAUGAAAUACCUGAUAUGACCUAAAUCCAUAUAUUAAUUAACACUUUGAUAUUAACAAGUGUUGCAUUCUUACCACGGAUCUCUUAUAGACUAUGCAGUGCUCGUCUAAACUAUUUGUUUUUGUCAUUGGUUAUCAUACUAUCAUACUAUGUUCAUAUAGCAAUCAGUGUCUACAGUAAAUUACUAUUACUCCAUGUAUUUUUUUCCAACUCAGAAACUUGUACAGUAAUCUGUAUUUAAGAAAUGUAAUUUCCUCUUGUAAUUCCAUCACGCAUUUAUAGUGCACAAGGCAGAUCAUGUACAGUGUGUAUAUAUAUAAAGUGAAUUUUCCGUAAUCUGAAUUUUAGGAGCAGCGCACGCAGCAUGCUUGAGAUUGCUGCAUUGAUACAUCCUCAUCUGUCACCACACUUUUGAAUGAUCCAACUGAACCUAUUAAGGAGGAAGCUGCAAUGCUGCAUGGCUUGCGAUAUGACCUCAUAACCUCUGCCCUGCAUGUAACCCCCCUCUUACUGAGCUUGAUCUGAAGGCCAGUGGGAAAUACUGAGGGUAUAACAGCUCGCCUCAGUCCCUGCAGUGGUCCUUCAGCAGGUAGUGCCUUUUCUUCAAAACAACGAUUCACUUUUGAAGUCUCUUUCCAGAGUUCGGUAAUGGAAAAGAUAAGCUUAAGAAGACGAAUAUGUGGAGGGAGGAGUAAUUAAUAAACUCAUGUCAUCUUUUUCUUUUUUAAUUGAAAUCUCCCAUUGCCUUGAAAAACAGGACUGGCUUUGAUUCCUCCAAGAAGCUAAGCCCACCCACUUUGGAUCAGACUAAAACAUCAAACCCAUGUCUGGUGCAUAUUCUGCAGUUAUUAUGUACAGUACCUGAUUGUAUUUCUGAAGUAUAUGAAUGUAUGGAUAUCUGUGUGUGUGUGUGUGUGUGUGUGUGUGUGUGUGUGUGUGUGUGUGUGUGUGUGUGUGUGUGCGCUGACACAAUACAUUAUUCAAUUCCUAUUAGGCAAAAUGUGUUCACUUGUACUAACUAAACUUGAGGGCCUUUGGAUGGGAUCAAGAUUUCUUUUCUCUUAACUUGCAUCAAGUUUUUUUUUUAAAAACGUGUAGAAUAUUUGUUGAAAUUGUAAAUACCUAAAUUGAUUGUACAGGGACAAGCAGCUUAUAAGGCAGCCGAAGAGGCAAUGUUGUGCAUGAUAUGGUUUAACUUGUUGAUAGGAACUGUAUUGAAUAUAGAGUACUUGUAGAGAAUAUAUAUAAAUAUUCUUUUUUUUUCUUGCUGUGCACAGUGUACAUUGUACUGUAACUAACUGGACAGAAAACUGCAUAUAAAUUUGAAUUCUGAUUGUUUCCAGAUUUGCUUGUCAGCGAGUAAAAUAACUGGUAUUGUACAACAACAUGCAGGAUAUCGCGACAAUAUAAUUUUAUAAUUUUAAUAUUAUUCGCAUUUGUAUUGGUUCUACGCAGUCCCAAUAUACUGCCAAAACAAUGCAUUUUUCUGACAGUAUUUCAAAUGGUUUUGUAUUUAAGAACAGAUUUGUACUAACAUAUACUUUCCUUGUCUCUAUUUAAGUUUCUCCUUUUAGUGCAAGUAUGAAAUUCAAGCUACUGGAAAUAUAAUGAAUGAAUAAAAAGUUAUCUGCUUUAA